AGCACAGCGACAACGACAUGACUAAGCUUUUCCUGUCCCCCAUGCCUGUACCUCGGCAAGAUCUCUUUCCUGGGCGAUUUCGGGGGCCAAGUCAAGUGGAUAAGCUUAAGUGAGCCCUCUGAUCCAUCAUCUCACUCAUAUCUGAUGUGUCGCAAUGGCACCUGUCCAUGGGUCCCCGUUACGGUAUCUCUCACAAACCCUUCAGCAUUUCCUGGAGGCAGUUGGUGCACAGAGUUGAGUCCGCCUCUAGGCAUACUUGCCACCAGCAAUGACAGAUAGUGGAUGCUGGAGAGAGAUUCGUUAAUGAAUGGAGGCCAAUCGCGGGGGUAGCUAUUGACAACAUUUGGUUCAGGUUGGGUCUGCUUAUUUAUUGUCUUAUUCCAGGGAUUCGAUUCAAUCUCUUGCUUCCGUUCACUCGAUUCCUCUCGUCCGGUCUCUCGACAGUCCAGCGCGCCUAUCGCAUGACGACACCCGUAGCGGCUGCCGGACGCUUCUCCCAUUGGCUCCGAACGCCGCGACAAUUCCGGGCCAUUUGAAUGACAAGUCGAUGUGUCGUCGUGUCGAGCCUUUCUUGUCCGCACGGUUUCUCUCGGUCUGUGACAGGGGAUCUGCCGGGGGCUCCAUUUAUCGGAGCUCGGCAGCGAGUCGCCAUUCACCGUGACGGCUCCAUUAACGGGUCUCUCUCUACCCCAUCUUAUUCCUCCUAUCCCCGUUCCCCGACAAACUGAUUAAUCAGCCAUAGAGUCCGCCUCCGCCACCACUGCACGUCUUUUGAUAUCCCACACUGGAAGAUAUCGCAAACCCAUUUUCAGGUUACAUUAUCUUCGUGCUCUCCCCCUCCGGAUUUUCCUCCUUAAAAGUUCAACGCAUCGUUACAUAACCAGCACAUCGUCAACGGCCCAUCCAUUCCAAACACGUACACUGGAAACCCCGCGAUAGCUUCACCGUCACCAUCACACGAACCUCGGCAUGGGUUCUCAGGCCUGGAACUUACCCGCACCAGUCGACGAUCCCGACUCCAUGUUGUCCCGAAAGUUCGGACGGGAGACCGUCAACUACUUCGCUGGCAGCGUCCUGAACCGCGUGGGCUGGCUCCGUACCGACCACACCUUCAUCAGGGCCGCAUUUCAGUUCAAGGAGACAAAGUUCAUGCUCCUCAAGGAUCUCAGCCCUCUCACCAACGCGCCCACAAAAAUCCAGUUUGUGUCGUUCGAUGAUGUUAAGCCCCUGACCACCGAGGACCCGUUCGGCCCGUCUGAGGAAGACCUGGUCAAGAACUUCGACUCGACCGUCACUAAACCCCUCAUCAUCUUCCUGGGCCUCGACGAGAGCGCAAACGUGCCCUUUGAGUACAAGGGCCUUAAGGGCCGGCCCUGGUUCGCCGUCGAUGUGACGCCCAAGGGCUCGUAUGCCGAUGCCGCCAACCAACUUAUCGAGGCUCAGACCAGUAAGGGACACAAGUUCCUGGAAGGCAUGAGGCCCAUGACCCUCGAGCCGGACGAUGCCGGGAUUUAUGCCCAGGCCCGGUCCAUAGCGGACUGGAACACCCGCCACAAGUUUUGUGCUGGCUGCGGACAGCCGUCCUUGUCGGGCAACACUGGCUACAAGCGGCUGUGCCCUCCCACCGACCUUGCCGGCUCGGACACUCCCCGUGAAAGGGCCGAGUGUGCCACUCGCAAGGGCGUUUCUAACAUCAGCUUCCCGAGGACUGACCCGACCAUGAUCGCCGCCGUCAUUUCCGCCGAUGGCCAGAAGGUGCUCCUGGGCCGCAACAAGAGCACGCUCGCGGGCUUCAUCGAGCCCGGUGAGUCCAUCGAGGAGUCUGUCCGUCGCGAGGUCUUGGAGGAGAGCGGCGUGAGGGUCGGCCGUGUCGUCAUCCAUUCGAGUCAGCCGUGGCCGUACCCUGCAAGCCUGAUGAUUGGUGCCAUUGCGCAGGCUCUGCCCGAUGGCGAGACGAUUGAUCUGGGUAACGACCCUGAGCUGGAGGACGCAAAGUGGUAUCCCUUUGACGUCGUCAGGGAUGCACUCAAGUAUGGUGUCAGUGGUCUCGGCGACCCUGCCCCCGAGGGAUACAAGGAGGGUGGCCUCCGGCUGCCCCCUCCCAUGGCCAUUGCCAACCGGCUCUUGACUGCUGUGAACCCCCACCGCCAUAACACCGGACAGCGUGUCAGCGUCGCGGGCCCAGCACCAGCUCCCGCACCUGUCGAGCUCCAUUCCGUCCCGGCCACUUCGUCUGUCCACAUCCCGCCAAUUGCGCCGCUAUUGAAACCCUCCACCUCUCCCGCGACGCCAACUGCCCACCUUCCAACACCCUCGCGCGUCCCGUACCAUCGCAGCCGGCCUGCCCACAAGCGACCGUAG